AUGUCAGGACGUCAAAAUCGAAAAACUCGAGCAGAUGCAAAAUCGACCGCAUCGACCAAUUAUACAAAUCAAGCUGCAGCAAACAUGAAUACUAGGGAACAGAGGCCAUUCGGUGCAGCUGAGCGCUCUGCUAGUGCAUAUCCGACUCUAAAUGAGUCAAUGAAAAGUUUACGGGUCGAUACCGGAACAGAAGCGAAAACUGUUCGGUCUCAAAGUGUUCGGCAAGUGAAUCACCGCCAGCAAUUAUGUUCAGCAGUGCCGGAAUCAGCUGUUCUAACUCCUGUUUCUCGUCCGGACGUAGGUGGCUCACAAGGGCGAAAAAUACACGUAUACACAAAUCAUUUUUCUGUGAAUAUUGCUGAUGCAACCAUCUAUCAGUACGAUAUUGAGCUUAUGAUGAUUGAUCGUAGUGGGAAAUCGCAUGCUGCACGUAAAAAUGCGCGUUGGGACAUUAUGCAAACUAUUCUUAGGGAACAAAAAAAUUUUCCUGUUGUAUGGUACGACGAAGGAAAAACAUUGUAUGCACGAGAAAUAUUGCCUGAGGUAAAACUACCGAUCCAGAUAAGAAUGGAACAAGACAAUGAAAAAAAGAUAUUUCAUUUGACCAAAUUAAAUCUUGUCCGUCAGGAUAGAAUUCAAAAUUUGCAAAAUUUCGUCCAGAACAAAACGAAUAUUCGACCACGUGAAAUCGUUCGAAUCAUUGAAACGCUUUUUAAACAAAGUGCCCGAAAGGAUCUCGUGUGUAUUCGCAAUCAAUUCUACGAUCGACAUCGACAACUCACUAAUCUGAAUGAUGGUCGUGGCAUUGCCAAGGGAUUUUAUCAAUCAUUAUUUCUCACACAAAUCGGACCAACAAUCAACAUAAAUUUAUCAUUUGCAUGCUUUUAUAUGCCAUUAAAUUUUGUUGAUUUUGCUUGCGAGUUUUUACGAAAAGAUAUUACCAAAGACUUCGCCGAGUGGGAAAUUAAAAAAUUCGAAAAAAUGAUUCGAAAUUUAUCGAUUGAAACAAUGCAUACAGGUCGAAGAAUAUUUUAUCGAAUACGUGAAUUCGGUCGUUCUGCUAAUGAUAUUACGUUCGCUCGUACGAAUGAAGAAUUAGCAGGUGCGACUGAACUCAAAGAAAUCAGUGUUGCUGAUUACUUUGCUUUGAAACAUAAAAGAAAACUCAUGUUCCCCUACUUGCCUUGCAUUAAUGCCAGCAAAGGCAACCAGAACCAACCGAACUGGUUACCCAUGGAAGUCGUUCGCGUAGUUGAGUGGCAACGUGCAAUAAAGCCCUUGGAUAAAUCUCAACGAGGUGCUGUGACCAAGAAUACUAUUAUUAAACCAGAAGAGCGCUACGAAGAAAUCAUGAAAAUUGUCCGUAAUAAUCAAUAUAAUAGAGAUGCUUAUCUAAAGGAGCUGAAUGUUCAUGUUGAUGAUCAAGAAAUGCUUAAAAUUGAAGCGCGUGUAUUGGCACCUCCAGAGAUCAAAUAUCGCCGUCGAGGUCAAGGUGAAGCCAUUGAAUAUGUAAAAUGUGGUCAAUGGCGUAUUCGGAAUUGGUUUUAUGCGACAACUAAAAUCAACUCGUGGGGAAUUAUCUAUUUUGGUGAUAGACUUGACAAAUAUGUCGAUGAUAUUCUUCAACAAUUUAAAUAUCAACUGCCCAAUCUACUUCAGCGCAAUGGAUUUGUAAUCGAUAGAGAGCCAUCAUUAACAACAAAAUAUCCAACAGAAAGUGACAUUCAUGAUGCAUUAGUUGAUGCUAGUAAGAAAGGUUGGUCAUUAGCUGUUAUUGUUCUAAACAGCGGCAACUCAGAUGGAGUCUACAGCCUCGUUAAAAGCUGUGCCAAUCAACAGAUAGGUUUAAUGACACAAUGUGUUAAUUUUCAAGCUUUGGAGCGUAACAUUGCUAAUCUUAACAUGUAUGUGGAAAACAUUAGUCAGAAGAUUAAUGGAAAAUUAGGUGGGAUCAAUGGUGUAAUCAAUAGUAAAGCAGCUCUGUAUCAUUCUUCAAGAGAUGAUCUUUUCAUGUUUUUCGGAGCUGAUGUCACACACUCAACAUGUUCAUCUGAUCGUCCAUCGAUAGCCGCUGUUGUCGGCUCUCGAGAUUUGACGAACAGCCGAUAUGCGGCGCGUCUUUGUGAACAAUAUCCAAAAAAGGGACGCUGCUCAGUAGAAAUAAUUAAAGAGCUAGACACGAUGGUUGUUGAUUUACUACAUGUCUUUGCUAAAUCAUGUGGAAAUCGUCUUCCGAACAAAAUUGUUUUUUAUCGCGACGGUGUCGAUGAAGGACAUUAUCAAAAAGUUCUUGACAAUGAAGUCAAUAAAAUAAUGGCUGCUUGCCGCACUGUCUAUGGUAAUAAAGCAUUACCACAGUUAACAUUUAUUGUGGUUAAAAAACGUCACAACACGAGAUUUUUCGUUUACGAUGGUGGACAAACGAUGAAUGUUCAAGAGGGUACUGUAAUCGACACUGGUAUCAUACACCCGUCUCAGUUCGAUUUUUAUCUAUGUUCACAAGCUGCAAGAAUGGGUACAUCACGACCAGCAUUGUAUCACGUUCUUCACGAUAAAAUUGGGUUUACUAGUGAUGCCAUUCAACAACUGACGUAUUGGCUAUGUCAUACUGAUAUGCGCUGUACGAAAUCCGUUUCGAUACCGGCUCCUGUUCAUUAUGCUCAUUUAGCAGCUUACGGGUCACGAGUGCUAAACUUUGGCGAAGAUCAUGACAGAGACAGUCUGAAUGAAGAUAACGAAGAACCCGAACAGUAUUCAUUGGAUGAUAUCAGAACGAAACUAAUGGAAUUAAACGAAAAAGUUGCGGAUGACAUGUGGUUCUUCGUUACUAGUGAAGCAUGUGCUCCUCUAUCUGUUUUUUAUGAUUCGUUUGAUACUUAUCUUGAAGCAAUUUUUACAGCAUUAUGCCCAUCUAUAAUGAUGGUUAUACUUUCUUAUUUUCUUUUAAAAAGUGUUAGAGGCGUUAUUCAACGGCAGAUUUUCCCUGUUAAUAAUGGGGCCGUAGUAAACGUUGCACAUCGAUCCGCCCUUCAACAAAUGGAUUCUCGUCUGACGUUGAUGCUUCUUUUACAAUCGAUCAUUGCUAUAAUAACAUAUGUACCAUUUGCAAUUGAACUCAUCUAUUUAAAUGUUACUCAAAAUUGCUCAAAAUCUUCUUUAAGACUUGCUCAAGAGAAAGUACUUGUCGAAUAUCAACAACAGAAAUGA